GUCCUGGGCGCGGGGCCGCGCGCGCCGGGCCUCCGGGCUCGUUCGUUCCCAGUCAGCCUAGAGCGGCCGGGGUCGGAGCAUCGCGUACCCCGCCAUGUUCUCCUUGGCGCUGCGGGCCAGGGCGACCGGCCUCGCUGCUCAGUGGGCAUAGCGGCUGCGCUGCAUCGGAUUUAAAAGCAUGCUGGAGAAAACGCUGAUAGGCUUGGUAAAGGCUUGCCGAGUUCCUUCAGGACUAGAUAAAGGGAAGACAUGCAAGGAAUUUGCAUAAGACAGCAGUGCACAAUGGUGCUGGAGGAGCCUUAUUUGUGCAUAGAGAUACUCCUGAGAAUAACCCAGAUACUCCAUUUGAUUUCACACCAGAAAACUAUAAGAGGAUAGAGGCAAUAGUAAAAAACUACCCAGAAGGGCAUCAAGCCGCUGCUGUGCUUCCAGUCCUGGAUCUCGCCCAAAGGCAGAAUGGAUGGCUACCUAUCUCCGCUAUGAACAAGGUGGCUGAAGUUUUACAAGUACCUCCAAUGAGAGUAUAUGAAGUAGCAACUUUUUAUACAAUGUAUAAUCGAAAGCCAGUUGGGAAGUACCAUAUCCAGGUCUGCACUACUACACCUUGCAUGCUGCGAGAUUCUGACAGCAUAUUGGAGACCCUUCAGAGAAAGCUUGGAAUAAAGGUUGGAGAGACUACACCUGACAAACUUUUCACUCUUAUAGAAGUGGAAUGUUUAGGGGCCUGUGUAAAUGCACCGAUGGUUCAAAUAAAUGACAACUACUAUGAGGAUCUGACACCCAAGGAUAUUGAAGAGAUUAUUGAUGAACUCAAAGCUGGAAAAGUUCCCAAACCAGGGCCAAGGAGUGGCCGCUUCUGUUGUGAGCCAGCUGGAGGCCUUACUUCUUUGACUGAACCACCCAAAGGACCUGGCUUUGGUGUGCAAGCAGGCCUUUAACUUGUAUUCAACUGUAAAAAAUGUCACUGGACAAAUAAAAUAUGAACUUCCCUACAUAAGCUUUAUUCGGUUUGCUUAUUCCCACCUGUACAUCCUGGCAGUAAUCUAGUAACUUGCAGCUGCUAAAUAUUAUGUCAAAACAACAGGACCACUAUCUCGGUCUACCUGUGAAGACCUAUCAUUAUAACAGAAUCAAGUUAAGAAUUAUUUUAGUGUUGCCCAUUCAUAGAGCCAUGUCAUUUUUAUCAGUGAAGUAAAAGUUUUGCAAAACUUAAAAUACAUUUUUCCUUUGUAUCUUUAGACACAGCCAAAUUGUUAAAUUUUUUAUAAGCUUUAUGUCAAUGUUCCCUUUAAGCGUUUUAACAUUUAAGAGCAUAUAGUUGUUACUGAAGUUUCUGACUGGUAAGACCUCCCUAUCAGUACUACCGGUAAGAGAAUUUUCUCAAAGUAUUCCAUUUAUGUUUGCUAUCUCAUUCUGUAGCCCUGCUUGUAUGUUUACCAGGCUGGCCUUCAACUUUGGGUAGUUUUGCUUCUGCCUCUCAAGUUCUGGGAUUGUGGUAAAAGCAUUAUUUAUAAAAAGAAAAGUUAAAAUAAUUUGAUAUUUCUUUAGCUAUAUUUAUUUAUUUUGAUACAGGAUCUCACUUUGUAGAUCAGACUGGACUAGAACUCAGAGAUUUAGUAAAGAUAUUCAAACCCACC